UGUUCACACACACACUCGGCUUCAUGCUGAACGCACAAAACCACCGUCUCCUCUGACUGUCUGUGCACAUCAAAGAAGAAGCUUGGUUAGGACUUUGCUCAGGCAGUAGUAAGAUUUUGGACCCGCUGUGGGUGUGCGGGGGUGUGUGUGUGUGUGUGUGUUUUGAGUGUAAAAGCAGUGUUGAUCCAUGUGCUUGAGAUAAUGCAAGACAAGUGAUUUUUGUUUAUGGGGGGUAGGGGGGUUGCAGUUUGCCACUCAGACGCAGAUACGUAACUUUUUCUCACCAACUUCAGGACCCACUGCUCCUUCUUGUGCCAGUGUCAUCUCACUCGACAGGAUGACAUGGCGUCCUCAGUACCGCAGCUCCAAGUUCCGCCACGUGUUUGGUAAGGCCGCCGCCAAGGAGAGCUGCUAUGAUGGUGUGCCAAUCACACGCAGCGUCCAGGACAACAACUUCUGUGCUGUCAAUCCACGUUUCCUGGCAGUCAUCACUGAGUGUGCAGGGGGAGGGGCCUUCCUCGUCCUCUCUAUCAAUCAUACAGGUAAAGUGGAUCCUCUCCACCCCCGAAUAUCGGGCCACAGAGGCAACGUCUUAGACGUCAAAUGGAAUCCCUUCAACGACUUCUGCAUCGCCUCCUGCUCUGAGGACACCACGGUAAAAGUGUGGGAAAUCCCUCCUCAUGGUGUGCUGAAGAACCUCACAUCACCAUGGAAGGAGCUUCAGGGUCACAGCCGCAGAGUGGGCCUCAUUGAGUGGCACCCAACUGCUAACAACAUCCUCUUCAGUACAGCCUAUGACUACCAGGUGAUGAUCUGGAACCUAGACUGUCCAGAACAGGUGAUGAAGAAUCCUGUGCGGACAAUCAGCAGCCACACAGACGUCGUUCUCUCCAUGUCUUUCAACACAGACGGCAGCCUCCUCGCCACCACCUGCAAGGACAGGAAGGUUCGACUCAUAGAGUCACGCUCAGGAAACCUACUGCAGGAAGCCAACUGCAAGAAGCACAAAGCCAGCAAGGUGCUGUUUCUAGGUAACAUGAAGAUGCUCUUCACAUCAGGCACUUCACGUUGGAACGACCGACAGUUUGCUCUGUGGGAUCAGGAUGAUCUGUCUGUGCCUUUGUUAGAAGAGAACUUGGAUGGUUCGUCUGGAGUCCUUUUUCCUUUCUACGACCCCGACACACAUAUGCUGUACCUUGCGGGGAAGGGUGACGGAAAUAUGAGGUACUAUGAGAUCAGCUCAGAAAAACCGUACAUCCACUACCUAACAGAGUACCGCUCAAACCUACCUCAGAAAGGAAUGGGCGUGAUGCCAAAGAGAGGUCUGGAUGUGAGCUCCUGUGAGGUGUUCAGGUUCUACAAACUGGUGACAACCAAGAGCCUCAUUGAGCCUCUUUCCAUGAUCGUACCCCGCAGGUCAGAGUCAUACCAAGAAGACAUCUAUCCAAUGACGGCUGGUAACAAGCCUGCUUUGACUGCAGAGGAGUGGCUCAGCGGCAUAGAUAAAGGUCCGGUGCUGAUGUCUCUGAAGCCAGGUUGUCAAGUAGCAGAGUCGUACUCAGAGAUGAGCAAGGGACUGGGAAACUCACUGGAUACUCGCCGGUCUCAAAGCAAACCAGGCGCCCUGCAACUGUCAUACAUUCAGGACCAACUGGGAACCAAAGGCGGCAAGGAGGACAGCGGUAAUACAGAGGACGACAGGAGUCCGACUCCUGUCAGCAACGGAGAAGACCUCGCGCUUUGCUCUCCGCCCAGAACAGAGAAUGAGCUGCGUCUGAAGUUCCACAAGCAGCAGGAGGAAAUCCGACGGUUGAGGGAGCUCCUCAACCAGAGGGACGUGCGCGUCAAACAGCUGGAGCUGGAGAUUAAGAACAUCAAAAACUCCCAGCCUCACCAGAGCUCACCUUAAGACUUGUCUGACCCACGGGGUCACCCCCCCCCCCCCGUGGGACACGUGCAUUACUGUACAAACUUCCUAACCGCAUCUUCACACCACCACACCUCUUCUUAAGGUCCUGACUCACCUCUUUCCUUUUAAUGAGCCCACUACUCACUGCACAGGGGUGAUUUUAAACCUCAACUUGGUGUUUUCUUUCAGUCGGGUGCACAUAUUCUUUGUUCGUAUAUAUACACUCAAACACAUUCUCACCCAGCUGUAACACGAUUUAAAACUCUUUGCACCUAUUGACCUUUACCCCGUUUCUUUUUUAUGCUUCACAGCUAUGCAAAUUAAUUGUAUUUUUUAGCUUUUUUAUGCUCUUUGUAGCUCAGAGAUGAAAAAUGAUGGCUGUGUCUGUCUUGACUGAAUGAUGGGACGGCCUGCGUGUUGUUUAAAAGUUGUUGCCGGGCAGGAGCAGACAUCCUGUGAGAUAAUGCUAUUUUUUUUAAUGCUUGGUGAUUCUUUUUUUGUUUUAAAUAUUUAAACUACUAUAAGUGGAGAAGGCUAUGGUAUUUUAAUGUAUGUGUGGUUGAAUGAGAGUGAUCUAAAUGAAUGGCAAUAUCAUUCCAGCUGUUUUGUGUUCCAUUGAGCUGCAUUUGUUUUUUAGUUUUGGAUGACUGGAAAAUUUACUGGAAAAUGGGUGAAUAAUCAACCCGUUUUUACAGCAGCUAUUGUGCAAGCCAAUUCUGUACCUGAUGCUAUGUAGCAGUAAAGUUUUAUAUUUAUUUUAAAAUGCAGUCAAAGGAAAAAUACCAUUUAAUCAAGUACUUGAAUUUGCGAUUGCAAUUUUGCAAAUACAGCAUGCAAACUGUUUUAAAAAGGCUAAAAAGCCUGCUAGCUGUUGUUCCCUGAUGUGGAGUCACUGUGAAGAAACUAUUUAAAGCCAUUGUAGUACGGAGCCUUGCACCACUUUUGGGUUACUUUGGGAUCCACUAGCUUUCAGUUAUGAAUGUCUUUGGAUGUCUUUUAUUGCUCUCUCUUAAAAUCUGAAACAUGACACUGGGGUUUUCUCUUCAUAUUUUAAGUUGAAUGAGUAUCUGCUACUGUAGUGGAUAGUAAAAGUAAAAUACAUUUUUUCAGUAAAUGUACUGAUCCUGAGUCAGGAUCCUGCGUUACACUGGCGAUAUAAUGACCAGCUCUCUCUACAUUAUUCCUCACAUAUUACUAUCUCAAAUUCUGUAAGAUUGCCCAGUCAUAUGCAGGACCUGUUGAGUUGUUGAAUUCUAACAAAAUAAUUAUUGAGCUUGACGUUGUCUCUAUUUAAGGUCUAUUAAUGGCUUGUUCUGGAGCUUUAAGCGGUUUUCAAUAGAAGAUGAGGUUUAUAAGUAAGUGGACCUUGAGUAGAGACACCGGUAGUUGUUUUUGUCAACUGCUGUUUCCAGUGACAAGAAUGAAUUGUAAAGCAUAAUUUUAGGACAACAGGGAUGAUAAAGCCUAAAAACAGAUAAGUAGAUACUAUAUUUUUUUUUUUUGAAGAUGAAGAGAGAUUCCCAGUAUGAUGCUUCAGCUUUGAAAUAAGAUUGUGGAAGAGAAGAGUUCUAUAAGCACAGUUCUAUAAAUAGAAAUGUGUUUUUCCUCAAGGUACUUCUGAAUGGUGGUCAUAGUGCUGUCAGUACAUCAUAUUUGUUGCUUUCAGAAUUUAAACAUUCCCUUGUCUCUAAUCUCUAUGUACGCUGCCCGUUUAGUUGUUAUUACUUAGAUUUCCUCAUGGGGGCAGUAGAAACUACGCACUAUACCUUUUUUUUUUUUUUUAAGGAAUAAUUUUCUGAUUGGCAUGUAAAUGUGCAUAGAUGUUGCAGAAGUGUUUGCAGAUAUUAGGUAACACAAACAAUAUAGCUACUGAUCUUAAGAUAACCAGAUACUGCACACAUUAUCAUGCAUGCCUGUAUUUAGUAUGUAGUCAGGGGGACAAGCACCAUAAUUAUAUUCUAGGCUUACAUUUCAUGGCCACAUGGAAACUGCCACACCAACCCACACCUAGCCUACAGACACACUGGCCUCGAUACAAUUGUGAACCUUUUGACCUCUGGCAGGACAGUUCUAGCACAGCUUCAUCUCUGGCUGACUUUUGUCCUGGAGCAGCAACACCCACUGCUGUGGGUGGAUGGCGAUCACAUUCCCACUGUGCACUGCUGCUUUUACCGUCGCCCAGUGGACUUGCUCAAGGACUGAUUUGGUUGUUUGACCAAAUCACAACAGUUGAAGGUGACAGUUUUCACUUCCAGAGCCAUUCCAGAUUAAUCAUGUCUAAGUUUCCUCAAUAUUUUUUCAAAUAUUUGUCGUAUUCAAUAUUCUUUUUGGAAAUUUGUUGUAAAAUUGUUCUCCCUCUCAAAAGUCUGACUGGAAAUGCAAAUGAAAAAGGAUUGUUUAAAGUGUCUGCCAAAAUUGUGCAUUCAAAGAACAAUCAUAGCUUGGGAAUUAAAUGCUUUAUGUAGUUUAUACCACACAUAAAUACUGCAUAUUUAUAGC